GGAAGUUGACUGAUGCCUCAUGUGUUUAUUAACUGCUCUAUGUAUUUGCAGAGGUACAGUGAGACGAUCGUCCCUUCCUGACAAGAGCCCUUAUGGAAGACAGACGACAGUGAGAGUCGGGAUGGCGUUGCUUAAGGCAGUAGGAUACACGGUUGUCAUCCUGGUUAUAUACUGCAGUCUGGAGAAUCAAGGGCACAGCCAGCCUCUGAAUGUAUUCUUUGAGGAACUGAUGGGUACAGAAGCAUCACACAUUCAUCCCAGAGAAAAAAGAGCGGCUACCUUUAAUUCCUCUGAAUAUGAACUCCAAGCUGUCAUAAACAUCUCUGACCUGGAGCGUCUCCAACAGCUUCUGAGCACAUACACCUUCCCGUUAAUGAUCAGCAGUGAGGCUGAAAUCAUAAGCGUCGAUACCACAACAGUGUGUUCAUCAAAUAUGACUGGAUACCAGUGCAGAUGUGAGCAGAACUUUAAAUGGUCUUAUAACACCUGCAUUAGCGAUGGAGCCUGUGAUGCCAUCAUUGCUGACACAUGUGGAUGCAUUAACGCCCUGCCGUCUGAUGGCCAGUACUGCCAGCCAAACACCAGUCGAACAGAACCGGUGGACAUUGAUAUAGUCCUUGACUUGCGCAUCCCAGUCUUCAGUGUGCCGUCAAAUUUCAUUCAUCUAUUCAGGGAAGCUCUGGCAGGUUUACCACUCCCGCAAGCCAUCACCGAGUCUGUAGAAGUUGUAAGCUUAAAUUUCACCACAGCGUGCUAUCCGAACUCUACUGGAGGACUUCACUGUCCGUGUGAGGAGCAGUUUGCGUGGUCGUGUGAUAAGUGUGACAUCUACGGUGCAUGCAGUAAUGGCCCUGGACAAACCUGCAAAUGCAUAAAUGGACUUCCUCCUGAUGGACAGUUCUGUGAACCACUCACUAGUAUCAGUCAAUGUCCUACCCCAACUCCUGAGAUGCCGACGACAACACCAAUGUCAACACCAACAACGACAAUGACAACACCAAUGACCUCUACGACGGCCAUGACAACACCAACAACAACAAUGACAACACCAACAACGACAAUGACAACACCAACAACGACAAUGACAACACCAACAAGGACUAUGACAACACCAACAACGACAAUCACAACACCAACAACGACAAUCACAACACCAAUGACCUCAACAACGGCCAUGACAACGACACCACCGCCACCACCAACAGAAAGCCGCUUGUCCUUUUCCAUGGACCUAGAAUAUAAUCCUUCAUAUAAUGAGCCAACCAGCGACGUUUACCAAAACGUUAAUAAUACUAUUCAAAGCCAAUGUAAGAAGCACAUCUCCACUCUAAAAGCAGCAAAGAUAGCUGAGUUUCGGAGUGGAAGCACCAUCUGUGACUAUACAAUAACAGCAACUUCUGUUCAAGAAAUUGAAAUCGAAGCAGUAAAAGCGGGGAUAUUUACAGAGCUGAAAGAGAUAUACCCCGUGGUCUUUGACAGCCUAAUACCCCUAAAACCUGAACCAUCCAAAAUAUUUUUUGGGAAAAGGGUGACUGUGACGUGUGGCCCUCCACCAGAGGCUCUCAAUUUUAGUACCAACUGGAUUGCAGAGUGGAGACGUGAUGGCACAGUAAUACUUGCAGAUAGCGAACACAGCAUUUCAAAAAUGAGUGGAGCAUCGAUCUUAACUGUGUCCAGAUUUUUUAGCACCGACAAUGGAUAUUAUGAAUGCAAGCUGAAAGAAAGUGUGAACGGGAAACCAGUUUUCAGACAGACAUCCAGCGGAGAAUUCGUUCUCAGCGAGACACCCUUGAUCCAAGUGACACCAAUCAGACGAAAUGUCAAUUGUGAGGUUGAAAACGAAGUGUCACUGCAGUGUUCUGUCAACAGUCCUUAUAGAGUUAUGUUUAAAAACAUAACUACUGCAGACACCGGUAAUAAGAUCUCCCAUCAGUUUUCAAUCACUGACUGUGAAAACCUGGAAAAGAGGUUCACUUGUCAGGAGGAGAGCUUUCCAGAAUUUAGCAAAGUAAUAACACUGGUGUUAUCCACAAAGGCAUUUCUGUGUAUCAAUGACCCGGUCUUUGGUAAUGGAAUUCUAAAUGACAAGGCUGUAGCUCCCUGUGAGCCGAACAAGGUGGGGGAAAAGACAGCAGUUUGUAUGGAAAAUGGUAAAUGGGAAGAUCAACAAGACAACUGCGUCCUACAACCGGUUCAGGAGCUGCUCGAUCAGUCUGAGUCCUUGAAUAACAAUUCAUUGCCAGGAUUCUUGGACCAACUCAGCAAUGUCACUGUCAACUACACUACGGAAGUGGUUGAAUCUCCUGCAACCAUUAAAGCCAUUGUUCUUAUACUUAAUAAUGUAGCCCUUGCAUCAUCAUCAUUGUCUAUACCAAUAACUAAAACAUCAAUGGAGGAUAUCCUAUUGACUGGAGGAGUUCUCACCAUAGAUGAGGCAAAGGAAUCAUGGAAUUUUCUGAAUACCAAUGAUACCAGAAACACAUCAGUAAGAGGAAGCAACAGCCCCAAAGCUGAAAGUCUCAGCUCAUUAUUACUGCUGUCUUUUGAGAACAUAACAAGUCGUCUUACCACCGACUCCUUUGACAUUGACACAACUCACAUUCUUUUGAACAAAACUACAUUCACAGACUCUUUCGAUGCUGACUUUAACUCCUCAGUGGAGAUAGACAUACCAGAGUCUGAUGGAGGAAAAAAGUCAAUCACUGUGAUAACAUUUGCCUCGAUGGAUAACAUACUCCCUCCAAGAGACAAAGACAAUUCAACCUCCUAUGUCAUCAAUGGGAGGGUCGUACUUGUUCAGUCCAGUGGCACCAUUGAUAAUGUUUCGUUCACAUUCGAUGUUAUAAACGAUACCCUUAAGGACCCACAGUGUGUCUUCUGGAACUUCAGCCUCUUCGACGGACUGGGGGGAUGGGAUGGCAAUGGCUGCGAGUUGGUGCACAACAUAAACGAAACCGUCAGCUGCAACUGCAACCACCUGACCUCGUUCUCCAUCCUGAUGUCACCCUUCAGCCCAGAUGACCCAGCGUUGGAUAUUAUAACCUACGUUGGAGUUGGCAUAUCCAUGGCUUCCUUGGUCAUAUGCCUCAUUAUUGAAGCUGUCAUAUGGAGAAAAAUAAGAAAGAACAAUACAUCCUACUUACGCCAUGUUUCCGUUGUUAACAUCGCCGUGUCUCUGUUGAUUGCAAACAUCUGGUUUAUUAUUGGGGCAGCCAUUUCAGAUGCAAAGGAGGAAAAUCCACCAGCGUGCACUGCAGCUACAUUCUUUAUCCAUUUUUUCUACCUGGCCCUGUUCUUCUGGAUGUUAGCCUCAGCUCUGCUGUUGUUCUACCGCACAGUCAGUGUCUUUGACGGGGGUUUGUCGAAAACAUCGAUGUUAGCUAUUGGAUUCUCUCUCGGCUACGGAGCCCCUCUCAUCAUCGCCAUCAUAACUAUAGCCGUAACCGCACCCAAUCAAGCGUACAUCCGAGGAACUGGAAUCUGCUGGCUCAACUGGAAUGAGUCCAAAGCCCUGCUGGCAUUUGUAAUCCCUGCACUGUUAAUAGUGGUGAUAAACCUUGUAAUCCUGCUUGUGGUGAUAUACAAAAUGUUGAGGAGAAGGGCAGUGGGAGACGCUGCACAAGCAGCAGAGAGGCACGUUCUAGUGGUCAUCGCUAGGAGUCUGGCUGUCCUCACGCCAUUUUUUGGAUUAACAUGGGGUCUGGGAGUUGGGACCAUGACCAGUCCCUACAACAGAGGAAUUCAUAUUUCAUUUGCAUUUUUCAAUUCAUUGCAGGGUUUCUUCAUAUUGCUGUUUGGAACGCUUUUAGACAGAAAGGUGCGGUCAGAAAUAGCAAUUAAGUCACAAACUUCCAGAAGUGGGACAAGGAGCACCAGUGCUGGAAACUCAUCAUCAAGUGGAUUUGACUUUUUCCGGAACUGGAGAAGAGGAAGAGAUGGUUACAAUAUUUCAUCCAGCUCCUCUGGUGCACCUCACUCCUCCGUGAACACGUGACGAUCUCUGCAGACAGCUCUUGCCAGUCCAAGUCCAACCAAGCAAACCAGCUGUUCUUUCUUCAUCGCAGCUAUAAAGUGUAACGGUUAGAUUUUAAAGUAUGGUGCAACAAUGCCACAGACUCAGGCUUGAUAUUUGGAAGGAAAACAAAGCAUAAUUACAAUCAUAUUUUGAAAGUAGUGUUUCGUCAUAGCACUGCUCGCAACAUUAUGUAACACGCAAAAGCAAAAAUGUCAUAUUUAUUAGUAUGUAUAGUAUGUAGAGAUAAAUGUUACAUCUGAUGUCUUCUAAAAGUGAAUACACUGUGAGAUAUUUGUGUGUGUGUGUGUGUGUGUGUGUGCUGGAAGUCACAUCAGAGACAUUAAAUUUACUUUCACCCAAGUAAAGCACAAAAAGAAAAAAAAGGUUUGUUUGGACAUUUUAAAGUAUUCAUCACAUUGUUUUCAAGCAACAAAAUGUCCACAAAGGAGAUGCAAAAUGGUUCUUGUUUUGGUUUACUUUGCCAAUCAAAUCAGUUAGACGAGGCCAGGCUGUCUUGCACACAUCAGUGAACUUGUUUACUCAAGGGGUGGCAUCACAAUGACAAAUUGACUUGGGCACUGGUAAUGCAAUUAGCCAGAGAAAAUACAAAUAUAUUAGUAUAAUGGUAGUACUAAUACAACAGUAAUUUAUUAAUAUAUAGUAUUAGAAACAUGUUUCUGUCAUAUGACAACUUUGGUAUCAAUGUUGUUUUCUAACAUUGUUUUGUGAGAGAUGUUCUGUUGGCACUUUAAGAGCAGGUAGCUGAAGUCCUCUGUGUGUGUUGGUUGUUUGGAUGUAAUUAUUGGUGCAAUCUGAGCCUGGACUACACUUCCAUGCCAAUAAAAAUGCAUGCUUUAGUUAAGACAAUGAACGACUCAGCAGAAGUGGUUAUAUGGUUACAGGAAACACUGAAGUGCUUUAGCUCGAUAGCAAAAUAAAUGUGAGACGUGAGCAUUUUAGGCUUCCAUACGCUGGUACCUCAGACUAGGAAAGGGGGCAUAAAGUCCAACCAAUCAGAACCAAUGAGACAAGUUAUCUAUGCUUCAGCUGAUAGCAGCAUGUCCACCUGGAUUUGGGCUACAUGAUUAAAAGAAAAUGAAUGUACUGCCCCCCUAAUCCUGCCAUGAAUGAUUUUUAAGGUUUUAUCGCAUUUAAAGUAAUAUGUGAGUCUGUUGUUUUUUAGUGUUUCGCGUCACUUGGACUUGUUUGUGUUCAGUCUUAGGCUGAGGUGGCUUUGACCUUUUACAAAUUUCUCUUUUCCAAAUGAAGGAUUUCAAGCUGUACUGUAAAUAAAAGUUUCCAAAAUUA